AUGUCGUCCUUCCACAUCGUCGAGCACACUGUCCCCUGCCAACACAUCCGACAAUACCCAAGAGCGUUGAGUGGCUCGCAAGAGGACGUCCUGCAUCUGGCAGUGAAGCAAUAUAUACCAAAAGACAACCCGAACCCACAACCCGGGGACGUCACGAUCAUAGGAGCACACGCGAACGGGUUUCCAAAGGAGCUGUAUGAGCCAUUAUGGGACGAGAUCCAUGCUCGUUCGAAAACGAGCGGAUUCCGGAUCAGAAGCAUAUGGAUCGCCGAUGUUGCGCAGCAGGGCCACAGCAGCGUUAUUAACGAGAAGCUCCUGGGAAAUGACCCCAGUUGGAGUGACCACCCGCGAGACUUGCUUCAUCUCAUUAACCUGAAGAGAGACCAAAUGCCUCGGCCUUUGAUAGGCAUUGGCCAUUCAAUGGGCGGAAAUCAUCUAGUCAAUCUUGCUUACAUCCACCCUCGUCUGCUUACCACGUUGAUCUUGAUAGACCCCGUGAUACAAUUAUAUUCUUCCAUUCAGCCAGAGGUCGGCCCUAACCCCGCUCGUCUGUCUACCUUUCGACGCGACGUCUGGCCUUCCCGAGAGGAAGCAGCCAGAAGCUUCAAGUCGAGCAAAUUCUAUCAAGCAUGGGAUCCUAGAGUCUUGGAUCGCUGGGUCCAGUAUGGCUUGCGAGAUCUGCCCACAUUACUCCAUCCGGGCGAGCCAAACCAAGAAGGACCGCCAAAGGUCACAUUGACAACGCCACUUCACCAGGAGGUGUUUACAUUUUUGCGCCCCAACUUCGAGGGGUACGGACACAAUGGCAAACCUGUCAACCGGAAAACUCACGCCGAUUUGAAUCCUAGCAUUCCUCUCACAUACCCGUUCUAUCGUUCAGAAGCCCCGCAAGCGUUCUUUCGACUCGAGGAGCUGCGGCCCAGCGUAUUGUACGUUUUUGGCGGCAAGUCUGAUGUUGGCACGCCGGAAAAUUGCAAGGCCAAGAUGGAACACACUGGAAUCGGGGUAGGCGGGAGCGGAGGCGCACCGGCGGGCCGGGUGAAAAGUGUAUUAUUCGAAGAUGUUGGCCACUUUAUUGCCAUGGAAGCCGUAGACAGGACCGCCGAGCACGCCAGCGCAUGGCUAGCCAGCGAACUGAAGAUCUGGAAGGAGGAUGAAGACGAACACAACCGUACCUGGCACGCCAAGUCUCUGGUCGAGAAGCAGACAGUGGACGAGACAUGGAAGACGAUGAUAGGAGGUCCUCCACGACCUCCGAAGCAAACAAAGCUAUAG